AUGAGCAGUGGCCCUCCGGCUGACAAGCCAGGUGUGGCGGGCUCAGACUCUCAGAGUGCCCUGAUCAGACAGUCCAUGUCUUUCGCGCCCUGGCAUGACGACCCUAAUGUUCAGCCAGCGGUCAGCCCUGCGGCUGGUCGUGCUCUUGACUAUCGGAAUCCUGAUCUCUAUGCGGCCUGGGGCCUUCUACAUGGACCUCAGCAGCCGACCACCACGGCACCAGGCACGCAUGCAUCCACCGAGUUGCUUGAUUACCCAAUGCAUACUGCAUCUGGUGGAGAUCGUGCUUACUCUGCAUCUGGCGGACAUCAUGCUUGGUCUGCAACGGCCCAGUUAUGGACUGGCUCUGAACAAAUUGGCUAUGAGCAGACAAGUCAGCAACCUCCUCGCCCUGGUUAUACAUCUCAUUCGGGGUUUGCUGUUCCCCGCCACCCCGGCAAGAGACAUUCGUUGCGAAAUGUCAGCCGCCAUUACCUUGUCAAGAACGUUUCCACCGACAUUGAAGGUCUGCAGCUGCUGGUGCUGUUCGAGAGUUUCGAGUCAAAGGAGGGUCCUUUCAUCCCAGAAUUGAACACCAAGGGUCGCUUCUUUGUCGGCUUUGGUGAUAUGAACGAGGCAAAGCGGGCUUACAGCAUGCUUGAGAAUCACUACCAGGACUGGGUGCUGAUCCCAGUUUCGGUAGAGGACUUCAAUCGCGAGAACAGACUCUCGGCCCCCCUGCCUCCAAGCUUUGACGAUCGGGUUCUUGCCAUCAUCUACUGUGGUGGUCAAUCGAGAAUCAAUGCCUCCAACAUUGUGACCCUCCUGAAGCCUUACUUCGAAAAGAUCGGUAAGGUAUUGUCUAUCCAGGAAUUACUUCUUGGAGUCCCCGCGCAGUCCGCUCGUCUUGUCACAUACGAGCUUGUCGUUCGCUAUUUCGUCUGUAGUCACGCUUUGAACGCCAUCAAAGCCUUGAAUUCCAUACGUACGGAGGACUUCGUCAUUGAGAUCACGCCAUGGCAUCCAAAUAUCGAGAGCCAGCCGAUUCGCCACUGGACCUCCUCCACGAAGAUGCGUCGGAUGUCUCACCCCAGCCAUUACAGUGGGAACCAGCCCAACCGGGGCUACAUAUCUCCUGGGGACGCGGACAGCUCUCCUAUUCCACACCGUGAUACUGGCAGGGACUGCACUAUUGAUUUGGGUAAAAUCUUCUAUCGCCAGGAUGAUCGUACAUCUGGCAAGGAUGCACUGGUCGAGAAGUUCCGCAAUAGCCCGGUGAUUCUGAACGCGCACCACAAUCGGCCCAAGCUGUUCCACCUCAGCGGCCCUCGAGCUGGUUGCGAAGCGACAUUCCCGCCCGUUAACAACUUUUACACCCUGGCCAAGGGUGUUGAUCGGAGCAAGCGGAGCGGCAACGACAACCGGCCUUCGCGCUUUGGGUUCCGUACUCACCGUUACGGUGGCAGCGAGUGCGACAGCCCCGCAUUCGAAGAGCUCCACGGCGACCGUGGAAAUGAGACUCGCGACGUUGAGAUGGACACCCCGUUCCAGGCUUCUCGGGCUGAUCUUGAUGUCUCUAUGGGACCCCCUUCUCACCCUCAGGGUUGGUCCUCCCGCGCUUGA